AUGCCGGCGCUGGGCAGCGUGCUGCAGAGCCCGGCGCAGGACGGGGGGCAGCUCUCCCUCGACACGGGCUGCGCCCGCGCUCUGCACUGCCAUGGGCUGCGUCGCACCCACAUGGUCUGUGCCCCAGCAGCCAGAGCGGGGCCAGGGCUGUCACUAACGCUCUAUUACGGGCGGGCAGCAGCUCCGGAGCCCAGUGGCGGCUCGUCCCCGUGCCAGGCAUGGCCGGGCUGGUGCCGCUGCCCUGCCGACGGCGCCAGCACACACGAGGGCUGGCGGCGCCUGGGCAUGGCGCGCAGGGAGCCGCUGGAGAGCCCUGGCUCCCGCCUCGUAGCCGUCCGCGAGGGAGCAGCGGCUCUGACAGCAACAGUCCCGCGUCACCCUGGUGCCUUCGAUAAACCAGAAAUGAGCUCUGGCUUCUCCGAAGCCCGAGCAGGAGCCCCCAGCGCGGAGGCGACGCCGGGAGCUGCGGCACGUGCCCAGCACAUGGCGCUGGCAGCCGUGCUCACGAGAGCCACGUGCCGCGGCGAGGGCCAAGGCAGCGAGGCCCCGCCCCCCCAGCCAGUGGCGCCCAGGGCUGGCGAUUUGCCGGCUGCUGCACCCAAAAACCCCUUCCUCCACCUCGGCAAGGACGGGGUGAGAAGCAGCAGCCCAGCAGCCCCGGGGGACCACAAGUCCCCCACUGAGGCACCCGGGGAGCCCUUCAUCAGCAUCCACAAGGAUUGGGUGAGAAACAACAACCCGGUGUCGCCCAGGGCUGAUGAUUCCCCAGCCACUGCUCCCAGGAACCCCUCCAUCGGUGAGGACGUGGUGAGAAACAGCAGCCCAGCAGCCCCUAGGACCAGCAAUUCCCUAGCCGCUGCGCCAGGGAACUCCUUCAUCAGCAUCCACAAGGACGGGAGGAGAAGCAUAAGCCCAGUGGCCCCCAGGGCUGAUGAUUCCCCAGCCACUGCUCCCAGGAACCCCUCCAUCGGUGAGGACGUGGUGAGAAACAGCAGCCCAGCAGCCCCUAGGACCAGCAAUUCCCUAGCCGCUGCGCCAGGGAACUCCUCCACCAGCAUCCACAAGGACGGGAGGAGAAGCAGCAGCCCAGUGGCCCCCAGGGCCGAUGAUUCCCCAGCCGCAGUACUUGGGAACGCCUCCAUCGGCAUCAGCAAGGACGGGGUGAGAAACAGCAGCCUGGUGGCCUCCAGUCUGGGCAACAACUCCCUGGGGAACUCCACGGAGCGGCGUCCGGAGCGGUACCCGGAGCGGCCUGCCAAGGACAUGCCAGCAGCCACGGUGGUAGCCAACAGCUCACAGCGAGCCGCCUGGGCCGGCGCUCCCUGGCGCAGAAAUGCUGCCCUGGGCAUCCUCCGCGGCGCCCUGCGGGGCCUUGGCACUCACCGUGUCCUGGCCAUGGAUGUGACGCUAGCGCCCCGGGACCCCCGUGCCCCCGGGCAGUUCGGGAACGCCGUGGCCAUCCCCGCGGAGAAGCAGGAGGAAGCGAAGAGUCGGUGGAAGGAAGGAAACUUCAACGUCUACCUCAGCGACCUGAUCCCUGUGGACCGGGCCAUCGCGGACACACGGCCCGUUGGGUGCUCGGAGCAGCGGGUGCCCAACGACCUCCCCACCACGUCGGUCAUCAUGUGCUUUGUGGACGAGGUGUGGUCCGCGCUGCUGCGCUCCGUGCACAGCGUGCUCAGCCGCUCGCCCCCGCACCUCCUGGAGGAGCUCAUCCUGGUGGACGACUGCAGCUCCAAAGGCUACCUCAAGGGGAAGCUGGACAAGUACAUGUCGCGGUUCCCCAAGGUGAAGAUCCUCCGCCUCGGCGAGAGGCACGGCCUCAUACGAGCGCGGCUGGCUGGGGCCGAGGUGGCCACAGGUGAUGCGAGACGCUGCCCCGGGCGUCACGCAUGGCUCGCCGUGGGCUGGCUGGAGCCGCUGCUGGAGAGGGUCCGCCUGAGCCGUGCCAAGGUGGCCUGCCCCGUCAUUGAGGUCAUCAGCGACAAGGACAUGAGCUACAUGACGGUGGAUAACUUCCAGCGCGGGAUUUUCACUUGGCCAAUGAAUUUUGGAUGGCGACAGAUUCCCCAAGAGGUCAUUGAGAAAAAUAAAAUGAAGAAAACUGAUGUGAUAAGGUGCCCAGUCAUGGCAGGUGGCUUAUUCUCCAUCGACAGGAGGUAUUUCUUUGAGCUGGGGACGUAUGAUCCCGGGCUGGAGGUUUGGGGAGGCGAGAACAUGGAGCUUUCCUUCAAGGUCUGGAUGUGUGGAGGAGAAGUCGAGAUCAUUCCAUGCUCCAGAGUCGGGCACAUCUUUAGGAACGACAACCCCUACUCCUUCCCUAAGGAUCGGAUAAGCACGGUGGAGCGGAACUUGGCUCGCGUUGCAGAGGUCUGGUUGGACGAGUACAAAGACUUGUUCUAUGGACACGCUUAUCACCUCCUCCUGAAAAACCUGGACGUUGGCAACCUGACGCAGCAGAUCGAGCUACGCAAGAAACUUCAAUGCAAAAGCUUCAAGUGGUACCUGGAGAACGUCUACCCGGACCUGGAAGCUCCCCUGGUCAGAUGUAGCGGGCUGCUGGUCAACACGGGCACGUCGCGGUGCCUCGCCGUGGAGAACGGCACGCUCGCCUUGGAGAGCUGCGAUGACGGCAGCGCGGUGUGGGCGUGCCUGGCGCUGGGGUGA